AUGGAGGCAUAUCCCUCCCCUCGAGAUGGCCAGCCAUUUCAAACCCAUCCGCCAAUGACCCCUAAUGAACGGAGGUCGAGAUAUCCUUCGUUUUCCAAUACGACAUAUUAUUAUGACAGGGACUGCCCUGAAAAUGGCGGUUACCCAGAACCUCGAAAGAAGUUCUCCACAUGCUUCAACUGCGGAUCUCCCGAGCACUGGGCUCAGGAUUGUCCUCGACCACGUGAAUUCGAUCCUGCUGGUGCCGAGAUCGGGUUUCAGCCCUCGAAACGACAAAAGACGAGUCGUCCUAUCCCGAUGUCCCAGUCAUUCCCACCGCCAUACAAGCAACAAUGGGGAGAUCCGUUAACAGGAGCUCAACCAAAUUAUCCAGUUCACAAUAACUUCCCUCCGACGCCAAUGUCGACGCACUCGGCGGAUUACUAUCCUUGGCAACCGUCUCCGCCUCAGGCUUCCCCGCGGCAGCCUUUCCCAGCGUCUGGCUCACACGAACUGCAAAAUCCCAUAAGUACUCACAAUCCACAGUUCGUAAGCCCUGUAUCUCCCAAUGGUGGACAUCAGUAUCACGGCUAUUUCCCUCCUCAGCACCACCAGCAGCACUUCGCUUUGAACUGGGAACACCAACAGUACAGUUAUCAGCAACAUAAUCAGCAACCGCCUGAUUAUGGACGUAGUCGACCUCUCCUGCAUCAUCAGCACGCCCUAGACGACAAUCGGCCUUCCUGGCCUCCUGGUCAACCAUGGGUGGAAGAUAGGCAGUCAUAUGAGAGACAGCCAGGUAUGAAGUCUUCUCGUGACCAGAUCGUCUGGCGACCACCUAACCUGGCUGCCCGACCACUCCCUUCGAGUUUUUCUGCGCAAGAUGAAAUUGAGCCCGUCACAAAUGUUGAAGCCCUGAAGCAAGGAAUGUCCGUGUCGAGGUACAUCUCAGAUAAGGAUGCUGAAGAUUUGAAGCGUCAUAUCCGUGAGACCAAGUACUGGUCGUCUUUAAAAGAUGAUCCUAUAUUCCGCGUAAUCUCGACUGAUUGCGAAUUGAUCUCUAUCGAAGAGCUUGUGUCUCGCCGGAACCGUAUACUUCGGACUCAUAGCCUUCGCAUUCCCAAAGAAACAGAAGAGGGAGAGGUGCACGAAGAUAACGUUGAGGCUGGUCGAGAUAGGUCGUCAUCUCAGAGGUUUGGUGGACAUAGAAAUUCUGUUAGCGAAAAUCCACAGCCAGAGAAAGAGAGAGUUGAUGACAGGGUCUCAUUUCGAGAGAGAAGUCGAGAGACUGAUCGCGCUCGCCCAUAUUUUGAACAAAAAUCAACGCGGAAACGUCGGCAUGAAUCUCCUGGUGACAGCGACAGACGGUUGAAGCGCCAUGCUGUUGAUUCUAGAUCGUAUCGAGAGCCUGCAAUGAAAAUACACCCUCACCACAGGCAACCAAUGUCUGUUUCUGGCAGUUACCGGAACUAUUCAUCGAACUCGGAGUAUAGAUCUGGAAGAGGGCCCGGGAGACAGCAGCCUAGUCAUCUUCCAGACACUCCAUAUCAGGGUGAAAAUGCCAAGCAUUGGGGUUCGCGGAGUCCACCACACUCAGAGAGAAGGGGUCGGAAAAGACCUAGGUCUGCCGAUUCUUCAGAGGACCGCUAUGAUGGGCCGCGGCGCCAGGAAAACGAUGUACCCAAAGCCCGGGCUCGUCAAGCGGAAUCGACGAUGGUGACAGGUGACGCAGAGUCCGGCAGAGGUGCUGAAUGA